ACAGUUAGCAUACGAUAGUCUUCAUAGCUUCCCCCGCAGUUGGAGUGAGGAGCGCGCGCGGGACACUGGCCUGAACCAGUACGAACGAGAGAUUUGUGGAGACAGGAUGGCGUUUGGGACCAUUUGCUUUUUGGCGGCUUUGUGUAGUUUGCUUCAACAAGGACUAGCAAUCACAUGCUACCAAUGCAACAGCCACAACGACUCGCGGUGUCUUUUGGAAAAGCUACCUGACACGCUGCGCCUGCCAUGCAGCCCCAAAGACACCAUGUGCCGGAAAAUCUCCCAGGUCGUGGAGUUUGAGAUGAACGGCAUGCCGCCUGAUAGCCGUGUGAUUAGGGGGUGUGGAUGGGAUGAGAGCAGUUACAAGGGUCGUUGCUACCAGCGCUCAGGUUUUGGAGGAAGACAAGAAGUGUGCUCAUGUCUAGAAGAUGGAUGCAACGCCGCCUCCCUGCCAGUCGCGGCCACGGUUCUGAUGCUCCUCACAAUCGCGUUGCUAAGGUUCUAAUUAACCUCGUAAGGCUGGACAUUUCAAGGUUAUCUUUUUAUGGUAUCUACAGUAUCUACAAUUGAGCGGGCUGAUUUCAAAAGUUAGAUAACCUGAGGAAUACAUUUUUCAGAUUCGUGAUACUGUCGAAACGUCUCAUUAUUCAGCUUUGGCUUCUUCGGCUAUUGAAAAAUUGGCUCUCUAUUCAAUAAUCUAGGCUCAAAAUUUCGACUCAUAUUUAAUAUACCUACCUACCUAUCUCGUCUGCGUUUCUUUUUGAUUCUAAUUUGUCAUACGUAUCGUUAGAUUUCUCAUCUACCUAACGAUUGUAGAUCCGGAAAAAAAGACUUUGAGACGAUAAUGAUUCGUAUUUUUAUCACUAUCUUCAAAGCAAGAAUAGGCAUCUAAGCAAGUGAGUUCCAAAAAGUUAAAUGGAGGAAGUCUAUUGAAUAAACUCUGGACUAGAUAACCUUGGAACGUCUGGAGCGGAUGCACUAGUCUCAUACAUUGUAUUGUAAUCGGCCUUACUAGGUUCUAGGUUUUAUUAGGAAGUAAAUAUUUUUCUUUGUUA